AGGCUAGGCUCUCACCACUCAGCCACCCAUUAUUCCUCACUACUCACUCCACUCCUCCAUAUCUCUGUUAAUCUUCUUUUUCUUUUCUUCUCUUACCCUCUUUAGUAGUGGUGCACCCACCUCCAAAAGAAAAAAGGAAUUAAGAAAAUGAAGCUCGUCCUUGCAGUUUUUCUACUUGUUUCUCUCAUUCUGAGCUCUUAUCUUCUUGAGGCAACCGCUCAAGGUCCUUCCUUGCCUGAUUAUACAGGUUUGUGUACACCCAAGUGCAACGGGAGGUGCUCAAAAGCAGGGUAUCAGGACAGGUGCAUGAAGUACUGCAUGAUCUGCUGCCAGGAUUGCAAAUGCGUUCCAUCGGGGACUUACGGAAACAAGCAUGAAUGCCCUUGCUACAGAGACAAGAAGAACAACAAGGGCAAACCCAAAUGCCCUUGAAUAUCUCUCUCUCUCUCUCUUUUUCUGUUUUGGAUUUUUGAGAGUUAGAGUGAGACAGCAACUUCAUUGGGAUUUGGGAACCCGCUUAGUAAUCUGUUGUAUACCACUGUUGCUAUUGUUAUAAUUAUGAUCAUGAAUCAUGAUGGGAGUAUAUAGCGUACGCAUUCAGUAGAAGUUACUUAGAUCAUAGACGUCCCACAUAUAAUAGUAUAUAUAUAUAUAUAUAUAUAUAUAUAUGUAAUAAGAGGAGGGUCUUGGCGUCUUGCGCGCUUGGCCUUUCUGUGAAUGGUUUUUGAUGUAUAUGAUCAUGGUGUUUGUGAUUGCGUGAGUUAUCAGUACAAAUAGAUUGUUUGUUCAUUACAAA